AUUGACUUAUACAAUGACGUUGAUUGCAGAUGCAGGCCAAUAGAAACGAAGGUCGGGGAAGGCGGACAGGGGGCGGUAUUUCCUGGUUGAGGAGUGAAUGGGGCUGGAGCCGGUUUGAGAGUAAAUACCUGCCGGGGAAGGAUUCCCCACCCACCCCGUCCCCACUUUCCCCUCUCCAAGAUUUGCCUCGUCACCAUGGAGACCUUAAUCCCUGUCAUCAAUAAACUGCAAGAGAUCUUCAACACGGUGGGGGCUGAGGUAAUCCAGCUGCCCCAGAUUGUAGUGGUUGGCUCCCAGAGUAGUGGGAAGAGCUCAGUGCUGGAGAGCAUUGUGGGCACGGACUUCUUGCCCCGUGGCUCUGGCAUCGUCACACGCCGGCCGCUGAUCUUACAACUGGUGCAUGUUCCAACACUGGAGGAGAGGAGGCGCACAGCCAGCGGCGAAAGUGGUGUACAGGCUGACGAGUGGGCCACCUUCCUGCACUGCAAACACAAGACCUUUACUGACUUCAGUGAGAUUCGGCAGGAGAUUGAGAUUGAGACGGAGCGGACGACUGGGACCAAUAAGGGCAUCAGCCCAGAGCCCCUGUAUCUGAAGAUCUACUCUCCGCAUGUCCUCAACUUGACACUUGUUGAUCUGCCAGGAAUCACCAAGGUGCCUGUCGGGGAUCAGCCCCCUGAUAUUGAGGUGCAGGUCCGGGAUAUGAUCUUGUCCUAUAUCUCCAACCCAAACUGCCUGAUCCUAUCUGUGACUGCCGCCAACACUGACAUGGCCACUUCGGAAGCACUCAAACUGGCACGAGACGUUGACCCUGAUGGGCGGAGGACACUGGCUGUGGUCACCAAACUGGACCUGAUGGAUGCUGGGACAGAUGCUAUGGAUGUGCUGAUGGGCCGGGUUAUUCCUGUCAAGCUGGGCAUCAUUGGGGUGGUCAACAGGAGCCAACACGAUAUCAACAGCAACAAAAGCAUCAGUGAGUCCCUGCAAGAUGAGCAGGGUUUCUUGCAGAAGAGGUACCCGUCACUUGCCAACCGAAAUGGCACGCGUCACCUGGCCAAGACCCUCAACAGGCUGCUAAUGCACCACAUUCGUGACUGCCUGCCUGAAUUGAAAACCCGGGUGAAUGUGCUGACAGCCCAGUACCAGUCUGUGCUGCACAGCUAUGGGCAGCCCAUUGAGGACAAGAAUGCCACCUUGCUUCAGAUCAUCACCAAGUUUGCCACCGAGUAUUGCAACACAAUUGAGGGCACGGCACGCAAUAUUGAGACAUCGGAGCUGUGUGGCGGUGCCCGGAUGUGCUACAUUUUCCACGAGACAUUUGGCCGCACCCUGGAGUCCAUUGACCCACUGGCUGGCCUCACUAUGCUGGAUAUCUUGACAGCCAUCCGGAACGCCACAGGCCCCCGCCCAGCUCUCUUUGUCCCUGAAGUCUCCUUUGAACUGCUGGUGAAACGUCAGAUCAAGCGCCUGGAAGAACCAAGCCUCCGCUGUGUGGAGCUGGUCCACGAGGAGCUGCAGCGCAUCAUCCAGCACUGUUCCACCUACAACACGCAGGAGCUGUUGCGUUUCCCCAAGUUGCAUGAGGCCAUUGUGGAGGUGGUGACCGGGGUCCUUCGCAGGAGGCUGCCCAUCACCAAUGAAAUGGUACACAACCUGGUUGCGAUUGAGCUGGCCUACAUCAACACCAAGCACCCAGACUUCAUCGAUACAGCAUUGGUCUCUGCCUCUGUGAGCAGUGCUAAGAAUGAACCUGUCCCAGAUGGUGCCCGGCGAUGGAAAAGUGAUAAAGCGGAGGAAGCUGGCCUUGAAGACAAGCCCAAGGGGUCCUCCCAGACCUCCAUCUAUUCCAGCCCCAGCCGGUCCCACGCAGUCAAUCUGCUAGACACGCCCAUGCCAGCUACACGGAAGCUGAGCCAACGUGAACAGCGAGACUGCGAGGUCAUCCGACGCCUUAUCAAGUCCUACUUCCUCAUUGUGCGCAAAAGCAUCCAGGACAGCGUUCCAAAGACAGUGAUGCACUUCCUGGUGAACUAUGUGAAGGACCACCUUCAGAGUGAACUUGUGGGCCAGUUGUACAAGCCGCAGCUUCUGGACACAUUGCUCACCGAGUCUGAAGACAUGGCCCAGCAACGCAACGAGGCUGCCAAUAUGCUCAAGGCACUGCAGAAAGCCAGCCAGACGAUCUCGGAGAUCCGGGAGACUCAACUCUGGUGAGGGGCACUCCGAGCUGCCGAAGGGUCUGUCUGGCAAGAGUACUGUUCACCUAGAGCCGCGCAAGCAUUCCCUUCUGGAGCCCACUGGAGUCUUUGCUGUUGUCCAGUUGAAGGGGAGAAGCUGUGGCCUGGGCCAUGUUCUGUUCCAGCUUUCUUGCAAGAACCUUAAGGAGACUUGCCUGGCCAGUAGCCCUAGACUGGGCUGAAGCUCAGCCCUCCUGCUCCCUCAGUGGUCUCUCAUGCAUUCCAUCCUUGCUGAUCUGUCUGUAUUUAAACUGCUGUUGUCCAGAGUGUAAACUCCUGUUCUCCACAGCUGCAUAGUUGCUGAUUUUGUGCCAGUUUUUCUCACUGUAGCUUUCCCCCCGAAGGGGAGACAUUCUCAGAUGACUUCCCUGUCUCCACCUACUCCAAGCGAAUGUGGUAGAAGUAUGAAGUGAAACAGGUUGUUGUCCAUAUACAUCUGCCCACAUACAUCCUAUCUUCCAUGCAUGCUAUGUGCACAUGUGCCUACCUAGAAACAUAUGCAGCUAUAUCUUUCAUUACUGCCCUAGAGGAGAGGCUAUAUGGAGAAACUGGCACAAGCAGCUUGGUCUGGGGGGGUUGAGGCUAUCUGGGUAGGGUUUCCCACACUGGUCCAGAACAGCUGGCUAUGAUGCUGGAUCUCACCCCAUCUAAACUUGUAUCCAGGAGUCAUGUGCAAUAGUGCCACUUAUGUGGGGCCUCCACCAUCCUGCUUGCUCGUGGUGGGGAGCUGCACACUCUCUGAGCCACAUGGGAGUCAGGCUUGGCCUGUAUUUUGUGAAUAAAGUUUGUGUGAGGUUGUA